CAAGAUGGCUGGUGUACAGCAACAACAAAUGCAGGGAGUGCAAUCAAUCCCCGUCCCACAACCCCAACCACAACCCCCGCCACCGGCCCAGUCUCAGCAGCAGCAACAACAACAACAACAGCAGUCAUUGGACGACCCUACGUCGAAAGUCAAAAUGCUCGUUCCUCAUCUCAGAGAAGCUCUUGUGAAUUUGAUGAAGAUUACUAGUCAUAACUUUGCCGCCAAUGCUGCCGUAGACAAUGCACUGAAAAGUGAGAGCACUUCCCAGAAGCUUGAUAAGAACCUUGAGGAGUUUUACUCAAUAUGUGACCAAAUAGAAGUCAAUUUGAGGCUAGCUAGACAGUAUGCAAUCCAAGGUGCUGAGAGUGCCCAUCACACACCUAUCCCAGUGACUGGAAUCAAACCUGAACAAGGUCUGGGAGACACAAUACAAACCUACAGCCAGUACAUCAGUACAGUGAAAACUCAGAUAACUUGUGCCAGAGAAAUUCAUGAUGCAUUGCUUGAAGGCUGUCGGAAAUUGGGAAACCCUACAUGAUGAAAUAAACAAUGAAGAAAAGUUUCUUAAUUUGCAAUGCACACAUUCGUUAUUGAAGUUGUGACAUUCAUGGUUUGUGUGUAGUGAGUCAAGACACUCAAUGGCUGCUCACAGUAAUAGAGGAAUAUUUUAUUUAUACAAGCAAUUGCCUCUUAAAUUCAGCGUUAUUGUGUUCAACUAAGUACGUAUCAUGAUGUAUACACUGCUACCUACUGGAGCAACCGGAGCAACUGUAAACAAUAGUGCCAUCCCCACUAUCGCCUCCCCCAUUUAUAACUAAUGAAUUAAAAAUGAAAAUUUGUUUUUACACAGUUGUGUAGAAAUCCUACUUUUCUCCAUCAGAAGUAAUCUUCAUGUUAUAAAAUUAAUAAACAAGCUCUUUUGCAUGUAUUGAGAAAGAAUUUAAUACAUAGUGUAAUUCAAUGCAUGUACUGAUGACUGCAUCUGAGAUGGAGCGAUCACUUACCGACUUUGCAAUGCUAGUCGUCUGACUUUAAUUCAAA